GGUUAAGGGUUAGGCACUAAAGGGCACUAAAACUUUGCAGCACAGAGAUAAGCAAGUGUUAAGAUAUUUUCACCUACUUCUUCUUCAUCAGCUUCUAAGUAUGGAUAGUCAUCGUUCUUUACCAGUAGAUCUUGUAGUUGAUAUUCUAUUGAGGUUGCCAGUGGAAUCACUCUUGCGUUUCAAAUGUGUGUGCAAGCAUUGGUAUGCUCUCAUCAAAAGUCCGAGUUUCAUAGAAAAGCAUUUUCAUCACAAGAACAAUCAUACCCGUCUCCUCGUUUGUAACUUGAAAGUAGCACAUGAAGGACAUGCCAUUGUAAAGUCUGUUGUAUUCUCCUUGCUCCCUGAAGAAAUUGUUCCAGGUGUGACCCCUGAACAAAAAACUCUCCUUCAGCUUCCGAGGGUCUCUGAUUUCACGUGUGUUGCUGGCCCAGUUGAUGGCUUAUUCUUAGUGCAGAAGAAGUUUUAUGGAGACGAUGUCCGCUUGGGUUUAUGGAAUCCUGCCACCAGAGAGUUCAGGCCUCUGCCUCCUGCGCCUUUUGAGAUUGAGUACUUUUUCUCAGACCAUGAUCAUCAGUUCGGAUUGGGAUUUGACCUGUUGACUCAAGAUUAUAAGGUUGUAUGGAUUCGAGUAUUCUGGGAUGAACCGGGACAGGGCGUUUACCCUCAUGUCUAUGCUUGUGUCUAUUCCUCAUGCAACAACUCAUGGAAGAACCUAACUCCAGAUUUCCCUUCCAGUUCUACCUUAUCUGCACCACUUGAUGCCACUUAUCUCAACGGGGUUUAUUAUUGGCUUUCUAGGGGCCUAGAUGAGAUCUAUAGGAUUCGCUCAUUUGACAUGGGCAGCGAACAGUUUGGGGAGAUGCAAGUCCCAGAUAUUCCAAGUGAACAUUGGGGGACGCUUACAUUGCAUGGCGACUCACUUGCUAUGUUAACCGGUGACCCUGGCAAACCAAUGACAUCCAUAUAUGAUGUGUGGGUACUGAAACAAGAGGGAAAUUGGUCCAAAGUUCUUACUGUUCAACCUCAUAUAGAUGCUCAUUGGCCUCGCAACAUCUGGGAUAACGAUAAGAUGGUUCUCGAGAUCACAGAAACUUCACAGCUGGUUCUAUAUGACCCUACAACAAGACAAGUUACAGAUCUUGGAUUUCAGCUGGACCUUAGCAUUGCUGGCUGUUGGGUUUUCAAUUACAAGGAGAGCCUGGCUCCAAUAAAGAGAGGAAACGAGACUCAGGGCGAGGAUAAUGCAAUCGAGCAAAUUGAACACUUCUUCUAUAGCAUACCAAUAGAUAGCAAGCUUCUGUUCACUGUUAGGGCUGCACACUAUUUUGAUUAAACCUGGUUUCGAAUGAUGAACUUAAAUAUUUGGAACACAGAAUAUUGUAGUGAUAAAAAUUGAAAAAACAGAAAAAAACCGAAUUACCUGUAAUAUUAUGACUUUAGCUCUUAUCUUACCUUCUAUAACAUUGUGUUUGAGCUUAAAAUUGUCAUCUUUGUAUUAUUAUUGAAUAAAAAG